AUGAAGCAUGUUGAGGACAAGUGGAAACUCCUUCCUGAGUUCCUAAAGAUUAGAGGACUCGUAAAGCAGCAUAUUGACUCCUUUAAUUAUUUUAUUAAUCAAGAAGCUCAAGAGAUUGUCAAGGCUAAUUCUGAAAUCAGGUCAAACCAGGAUGAGAACUUCUUUCUCAAAUUCGAAAAGAUAAACAUAGACAUGCCAAGCAUUGAGGAGGACUAUGUAAUCAAUAAAAUUAUGCCUCAUGAAUGCAGACUCAGGGAUCUGACUUACAGUGCUCCAAUCACUGUGGAUAUUUCCUACACCAGGGGCAGAAAUAUCAUCAAAAAGAACGGAAUCAAGAUCGGCCAGAUGCCGAUAAUGCUAGGGUCUUCUAAUUGCUGGCUCAAUAACAAAUCUGAAAAGGAACUAGCAAAGAUAGGCGAGUGCCCUUAUGACCCACGAGGAUACUUCAUUAUCAGAGGGGUUGAGAAAGUUAUCCUAAUUCAGGAACAAAUGUCAAAGAACAGGAUUAUUGUCGAGCUUGAUGAUAAGCAAAACUUUGUCGCUCUUGUUAAUUCAUCCACACACUUGGUCAAGAGUCGAGCAGAGGUUAUCUGUAAGAACGAGAAAUUUUCAAUGAAGCAAAACAUCUUCACAGAGGAAAUACCUAUUUGUAUUAUUUUCAAGGCAAUGGGGAUUGAGAGUGAUCAGGAAAUAGCACAGUUCAUCGGAACUCAACCAAAAUUUCUUGAAGAAAUGUCUCUCUCCCUUUUAGAAAGCUCUAAGAAAGAUGUCUUGACUCAGGAGCAGGCACUUAAUUAUAUUGGAGCAAGGAUAAAAUCAAAAAUUAACAGAUCUGGGCCUAAUGCGAUUGUAAAAUCAAAAAGAGAUGAAGCCUUUGAUAUCCUAAAAGAUGUUAUCUUGCCUCACAUUGAAGUUAGUAACAACUCUCUCCUUCAAAAGUGCAGAUUCAUAGCUUUAAUGAUAAGGAGAAUCAUCGAGGCCAAAGAAGAUCCAUCCAAAAUCGACGAUAAAGAUUAUUACGGAAACAAAAGACUUGAGUUAGCCGGACAGCUUGUUUCUCUUCUUUUUGAAGACACUUUCAAGAGAUUCCAGUCCGAUAUCCAAAAGCAAGUGAACAAGAGUCUUCCUAACAAGAAGAAUAGAGAGCCUUUUGAUGCUAGCACAUGCUUUAACCACGAUUUCAUUUCUUCUGCACUUGAAAAUGCUAUCUCUACAGGGAACUGGUCACUUAAAAGAUUCAAAAUGGAAAGAGCAGGAGUAACACAAGUCCUUGGAAGACUCUCAUUCAUCUGAGCCUUAGGAAUGAUGACAAGGAUUAACUCACAAUUCGAAAAGACGAGAAAGGUAUCUGGACCAAGAUCUUUGCAGCCUUCCCAGUGGGGAGUUCUCUGCCCGUCAGACACUCCUGAAGGAGAGUCUUGUGGUCUAGUCAAAAAUUUAGCUCUGACUACUCAUGUCACCACAGAUCAGCCUGUUAAGUAUCUUGUGGAUUUAUGCUUCAACCUCGGAAUGGAAGAUGCCAACCUCCUCGUAGGAACCGAGCUAUAUGAUGAGAACACAUUUCUGAUCUUUAUCAAUGGUGUCCCAAUGGGAGUCCACAGGAACCCACAAAAGUUUAUCAGAGACUUUAGAUUUUUAAGAAGGAAAGGAAAAAUUAACGAAUUUGUGUCCAUCUAUUUCCAGCAGUCUAAACCAGGAUCCAAGCUCCAAUCAACUAUCCAGAUCGCCUGUGAUGGAGGCAGAUUAGUCAGACCUCUGAUUAUUGUACAAAACAGGAUCCCUCUCAUUACUCAGAUUGAUAUCGAUGAAGUCUCCAUGGGAAUUCGUACUUUCAAUGAUUGCAUCAGAGAAGGAAAAAUAGAGUAUAUUGAUGUGAAUGAGGAGAAUAACACCCUGAUUGCUUUAUCGGAGAAGGAUAUUUCAUUGAACACGACACAUCUUGAAAUAGAUCCUUUGACAAUUCUUGGGUGUGUCGCUGGUCUGAUUCCAUAUCCUCAUCAUAACCAGUCCCCAAGAAAUACCUACCAAUGUGCUAUGGGUAAGCAAGCUAUUGGAUCUAUUGGUUAUAACCAGAUGAACAGAGUUGAUACUCUGUUGCUCUUGUUGGUGUACAAUCAGAAGCCAAUGGUUAAGACUAAGACAAUUGAGAUGAUCAAUUAUGAAAAACUCCCUGCUGGACAAAACGCCUCUGUUGCAAUCAUGAGUUAUUCAGGAUAUGAUAUCGAAGAUGCUAUUGUACUUAACAAAGCCUCAGUAGAUAGAGGCUUUGGGAGAGCUAUUUACAUUAGGAGGCACGAGAGCAACAUGAAAAGAUAUGCAGACAGAUCAUUCGACAUCUCUUCAAAACCUCCAGCAGAGAUUGAAGGCAAGAGCAAAGAAGAGCUUCCAUGGAACUUACAAAGGUUCCACAACCUUGACCAAGAUGGUAUGGCUAAAAUUGGAUCUAAACUGACAAAAGGAGAUAUUUGGCUUAACAAGUACUCUCCAGUAGAGUCUGACGAUAGGCUGCUAACGAACAAGCCACAUUCUUCAGUUGAGUAUAAUCCAUCUCCAGAAUCAUAUAAGGGUGGGGCUCCCAGCUAUGUUGACAGAAUCCAGAUUUCCUCGAACCCAGAGAAACACUUCUUAGUCAAAAUGAUAGCAAGACAGACAAGGCGGCCUGAACUCGGGGAUAAAUUUAGUUCCAGGCAUGGUCAGAAAGGAGUUGUUGGUAUCAUCGUGCCUCAAGAAGACAUGCCAUUCUCUGAAAAUGGAUGGUGCCCAGACUUAAUCAUGAACCCUCACGGUUUCCCAUCCAGAAUGACAGUUGGAAAAAUGAUAGAGCUCAUGGCGGGAAAAGCAGGUGUUCUUGAGGGUGAACAGAAAUAUGGAACUGCCUUCGCCGGAGAUAAAGUGGAAGAUAUGGGGAAACUUCUGGUAAAACACGGAUACUCAUAUUUUGGAAAGGAUUACCUCACUUCUGGAAUCACUGGAGAGCCACUAAAUUGCUAUGUUUUCUGAGGUCCAGUCUAUUAUCAGAGAUUAAAACACAUGGUCCAAGAUAAGAUGCAUGCAAGGGCUAGAGGGCCAAUGACCUCACUCACAAGACAGCCAACAGAGGGAAGAUCCAGAGGUGGAGGACAGAGACUUGGAGAAAUGGAAAGAGACUGUCUCAUUGGUUAUGGAGCAGCAAGUCUACUCAAUGAAAGACUCAUGAUCUCAAGUGAUGUCUGAGAUGUCAAUGUGUGAGAUAAAUGCGGAUUCUUUGGCUAUAAGAAUUUCUGUAACUUCUGUAAAGAUAAAUCAAAUGUGUACAGUGUUAAGAUGCCAUAUGCUUGUAAACUGUUGUUACAGGAAUUGACAUGUAUGAACAUUAGGCCAAAGAUAAAACUAAAAGAUUCAUAA